GAGGAUGGCGAAGGAGAGACUGAGGAAUAUCGUCUUCUUACGAAAGGAAAUCAGUGGAUUGUUGUUAAAACAACCAGUUAUAUCUCUUAUAAUCACUGGAACUCCAAGCCAGAGUUUAUUUGCAGCACACAUCAGCUGAUCCGGAAACCUUCCAAAUAUGAUGUUCGUGGAAGACGCACUGACGACGUUGUUAAUGAUUUAAAUAGUGGCAGCACUUGGAAGAUAGAGCGAUGCGAUAAUGGCUAUGAAAAUGACGUUUUUUCUCCAGAAACUUCAACGCCCGAAUUUACCAACAGUCCAAAAAAGUGCGCGAUAAAUCAAGGUGUUUUGGAUACAGAUAACAAUUCUCAAACUACUAAAGCCCAAGGUACUUUACUCUUCCCUGAGCAGCAAACCACGUCAUUAAUGAGAGGAAAUAAUGAUGUUAACAAUGCAAAUGUUUUAUUGUCAUCGAAUUAUUCAUCAGGAGGGUGUAUCAACUAUCGGAAAUCAGAAAGACCCGCUAUGAAUAACAAUUUCUGCAAUAUAAACAACUUUGGUGAAGUAUUGUAUAAUCCGUGUGAAACAGAAAAGUACUGGGGACGACUGAACAGCUCUAAAAUGAAUCACAAUUCAUCAAGUCAAUCACUGCAUAAUAAUAAUGAACAAUGUAUGCCAACAAGCUUUUCAAAUUAUUCGUUAGAAAUACCAUCCAAAGUGAUACCGCAAUUAACUUCUGAUACUCCUCAAAGUAUUCAAAUAUCCCCUCAUGCUCCUCCAAGUAUUCAAAUAUCCCCUCAUGCUCCUCCAAGUAUUCAAAUAUCUCCUCAUACUCCUCCAAGUAUUCAAAUAUCUCCUCAAUCUUAUCCGCCACAUUCCUCUGUAAACAUGGAAAUAACGAAUCGAUCUGUUGAACGAAGUAAUGUGUCUUCGACAUCUGGUACGAACAACAAUACUAAAUUCCCUGUCUCAACUUCACCAUCGGUGUUUAUGGAAAACCGAAACCAAAAUCUCCAUCGUCACUUGACUUUACAGCCCCACAACUAAAAUGAACUUUGUGUGUUCACCAUUAUCCUCUAAUGGACCUAUUCAUUUACCUAGCAAAUGUGAAAAUCUAUUGGCACAAACCAAUCACCAACAUCGUCUCAACGAAGGAUUUUCCCAGACUAUACUGCCCAAUAUCCUCCACAAUCCCCACAAAUAUCCGAUCAAUAUACUCAACCACAAUAUGUCCCUCCUUCCAUCUCUCACAAUUCAUCAUUAUCGUCAUCGUUAUCAACAGGUUUCACAGCAACUUCAAGAGUUCAUCACACGACUACUGGUCCUCUUACCCAUAAUCCAACAAUGGCAACUGCUUUAUCUUUGUCUCAUCAAACGAUUUCAAAUUUCCCUCGAUCUAAUUACGAUAAUGUUGAAAGACCUCAAUUGCCUGUUACUAGCCAAGGAUAUUUUCAUCCAUUAUCCCAAACGUCCCAACAUAUCCCCCCGUCAUCUUCACAAUGUCUAUUCAACGAGAAAAGUAAAGGAAGGACAGUACGGCGUUCAUUGAGUAACAGUUCUCUCAUAUUUCCUGUGCCUUCAGAAGGCACAACAAGUGCAUGUCGUCAAGUAGAAUUAAGGAAACCCUCGGACGCUUCUCUACAGUUUUAUGGAGAGGGAUCUGAUAUUAGUGGUAAUUCCUUAUUACCAUUUGAGCGACGUUCUUCCACGAAUCAAACAACGCAACAAUAUGCUCGUCCUAACAAUGUUACACCUUUAUUUUCUGCAUUAAAUGUUCCACAGCCUCAAUUGAAUAGUCCUGCUUCCGAUGAAAGAGAGAGCUUCAGCAAUCAGCAUAUAAAUAUUGGACGUAACAAUCAACCAUCUUGUGUAUCAGCUCAAGGUCAAUCAUUGUCAAGUUCGGAAGAGUCUUUUACGCCUUCUUCGGCAAAAAGUUUGGCGUACAUAAAAGCUCAAAAAAUACUUCAAAGUCAGCUACUUGACAAACAAAAUCAUCUUCAGCAAAUUAUUGUCAAUCAAAAAGCUCAACUUAAUCGAAUUCAAGAGCAAAUCAUUGUUAACGCUCAAGCCCAGUUUUCGUUACAUGAUAUAGGUGACUUGGAGUCAUCAAAACAACUGCAACAACGAAUACAUAGUCUGGAGACCGAACGCCAAAAACACGAAGAGAAACAUAAGGAAUUACAGAUUUUAUUUCAACAAAAGUUUCAAGAAGUUUCUCCUUUAGAUCAAUAUGACACAAACGAAGCUCUGGAGGACACAUCAAAACACAUCCCAGCAUCAGAUGUCGAUUUGUCUCGUACAUCACGUGAUGUUCAGAAAUGUGAUAAUUUUCUCGUGCAAACAUUCCCCAAUGCAAGCACAGCUCCAAAAACAUUUGAGUACAAGAGAUAUCCAUCUCAACAAAGUUCAUCAUCCGCUCAAGAUAUCGAAGAUGAUUUGUUUAGUGGAGUUGUAGCAACUGAGAAAGCAAAACAACAUUUUACUCAUUUUUAUUCACCGAUAAUGCAGACAUUUAAUUCUUCAUACAAGAUUGCGGCUUCACAAGAAACUAUGAAUCACACGAAAGUUAUAGACAGUCAAAAUAUUGGCACUUUUUCUACGGUUAACCCAACAAACAAUCAUGGCAAAGAUUAUUUCUCGCAAUUUAGUACAAGUGAACUCGAGUCUUUUCUAUCCAGUUCGACAUAUCCUGCUAAGUCAUUAGCACAAAAUGCAGACAGAAGUGAGUCAAAUGCUGUUAACGAAAAAUCAUCAACCACUCCAUCUACAUAUGAUUCACUGUUGUUGCAACAAAAACGAUUGUUGGAAAUGCAGGAGGAGCAACGUCGACAGCUUCUAAAACGACAGCAAGAACAAUUUUUGCGUUUGAAACUUCAGCAACAACAACAACAGCAAAUGUUGGUUGAUUUACAGCAUAGUGAUAAAGAUGAGAUUAACGAUCCUCAACCAUCAAGUCAAAAUAUUUCUGAAGGUGGCAUCGCGGCUGAUGACUCUAGUUGUGUAAUUACAAAUGAACUUAACGAAGAUGACCUUAAUGUUUUAAAUAUGCUUCUUGCCGAGGAAGCUGGCACAGAAAUGUGGACGGAGGAGUCUAUAUUUCAGAAAGGGCCAUCAUCAAGUAGCUCUUAGUUAUUGCGAUGUUCAUCUUAUAACUGGUCGUUUUUCAUCUCGUUGUAAAUUAUGCCUUUGGAUUUUAUGGAAUUACCUCUUAAGUGGCAUCAUACGAAAGGGAGAACUCUUGAAACUGUCGUUGUAAAGAACACGCUUUUCUUAGUUCUUUCAGGCAAAUGCCUAUUGGAAAUACUUCGACAAUCUUGCGUAAUGUGCAAAAACAAUAAAUCCAAGUGAAUAAAGUUUACAAGAUCCAAACGUAUCAUCGAUGACAGUAAGCCGGUAUGAUGUCCUUCUAAUGGUAUGGAAAAAAGUGUUUGCUUCGUGGCAAUUUUACUUUUUUUAUCGUACUGAUCCAGGGAACUGUUAAUUUUGAUAAAGACAUGAUUUUCUGUUGCUUAUUUACGGUUAUACUUGGUGUAACAUGCAACAUUGUGUAUAAAGUCGCUGCAGACGCUGGCGUUCUGAAUGAGGGCGAUUUACAAACAGUAGCUGUCAGCACUUAGCAGUGAAAAAAUUAAAUGUUGCUUUGAAACAUCAAUUUUAACUUCAAUUUGAGGGAUGGAUUACAAUUGACUUACUCCAAUCGAUGUUUCACGAAACACCCAAUUCCCAACGGUUUAUUUUGAAGUUGAGCAUAUAUUGCUUAAGUUGAUAACUAACACUUCAAAUAAAAAUAAUUUGGAAGAAGUCGCCACGUUUGAUAAUUUUUUGGAUAAAAAUCUGCGAAUGAUUGUAUGUUUAUUUUAUGGUAGUUAAACAUAUUUUAUAAAUAACAGAAACAUUCUAUAUAAUUAUGUAAAUACGUGUAUGUAGACAGAACUGAUACGAAAAGAAGACAUUUUUUUAGAACGAUGCACCAAUGAAAAGUGAAAUAAAAUAUAUUUGCGAAACUGAA